CCUCUACAGGGACGUCAUGCAGGAGAACUACGAGACGGUGACCUCUCUGGGGUUUCCCAUUCCCAAACCUGAGCUGAUCGCCCGGCUGGAACAAGGGGAAGAGCCGUGGGUGCCCGAUCUCGAGACCUCGGAGGAAAGAGAGAUCUCAAGAGGCACCCGCACAGCAGGUGAUGAGAGAGUGAGUGAGAAGGAGGAGAGGAAUCAUCAUGAGCACAUUCCUGGGGAAGUGGAACCACAGGGGACCUUUGUGGGAAGACCUGAAGGGAAUUUUUCCCAGUGCUUGGAAGAGAGAGAAACCUGUGGAAAUUGGCACAGGUCAGAGGGGCUGCUGGGAAACCACCCAAAGAAGAAAGUGGAUGAAUCCAUUCAAUGUUGGGGAGGAGAUAAGGAUCCCACAGCCCAGCAAACAAAUCCCAAGGAAGAAAAACUCUGUCAGUGCCUCGAAUGUGGGAAAGGAUUCAGUCUGAGAUCACAGCUUGUGACACAUCAUACAGUCCAUGCUGGAGGGAAACCCCUUCAAUGCUUGGACCGUGGAGAAACCUUCAAUAACCGCUCAGACCUCAAUAAUCAUGGGAGAAGCCACUCGGGAGAGAAACCCUAUCAAUCCCUCGAGUGCAGGAAAUGUUUGGAUUGGAAGUCAGUUCUAAGUACACAGCAGAUAAGCCAAACACGAGAGAGACCCCACAAAUGCUUAGACUGUGGAAAAAGUUUCAUACAGAGGUCAGACCUUGUUAAACAUCAGGGAAUCCACACAGGAGAGAGACCCUAUAAGUGUUUGAACUGUGGGAAAAGUUUCACAUGGAGAUCAGCGCUUGUUCAGCAUCAGGCAAUCCAUACAGGAGAGAGACCGCAUAAGUGCUUCGACUGUGAGAAAAGUUUUAUACGUAGGUCAGACCUUGUUAAACAUCAGGCAGUCCACACAGGAGAGAGACCUCAUAAGUGCUUGGACUGUGAGAAAAGUUUUAUACGUAGGUCAGACCUUGUUAAACAUCAGGUAAUACACACAGGUGAGAGACCCCAUAAGUGCUUGGACUGUGAGAAAAGUUUCAUACAGAGAUCAGACCUUGUUAAACAUCAGGCAGUCCAUACAGGAGAAAGACCCCUUAAGUGCUUAGACUGUGAAAAAAAUUUCAGAGACAGAUCAGCCCUUUUUAAACAUCAGGCCAUCCACACAGGAGAGAGACCUCAUAAGUGCUUAGACUGUGGAAAAAGUUUCAUAUGGAGGUCAGACCUUGUUAAACAUCAAGCAUUCCACACAGGUGAGAGACACCAUAAGUGCAUGGACUGUGGAAAAAGUUUCAUAAGGCGGUCAGACCUUGUUAAGCAUCAGGCAAUCCACACAGGAGAGAGACCCUAUAAGUGCUUGGACUGUGGGAAAAGUUUCAUACGUAGGCCAGACCUUGUUAAGCAUCAGGCAAUCCACACAGGAGAGAGACCCCACAAGUGCUUGGACUGUGGGAAAAGUUUCAUACAGAGGUCAGACCUUGUUAAACAUCAGGUAAUCCACACGGGAGACAGACCCCAUAAGUGUUUGGAAUGUGGAAAAAGAUUCAGAAAUACAUCAGCCCUUGUUAAACAUAAGGCAAUCCACACAGGAGAGAGCCCUCAUAAGUGCUUGGACUGUGGAAAAAGUUUUGUAUGGAGGUCAGACCUUGUUAAACAUCAGGCAAUCCACACAGGAGAGAGACCCCAUAAGUGCUUGGACUGUGGAAAAAGAUUCAUAUGGAGGUCAGACCUUGUUAAACAUCAGGCAGUCCACACAGGAGAGAGACCCCAUAAGUGCUUAGACUGUGGGAAAAGUUUCACACAGAAAUCAUAUCUUAGAACACAUCAGAGGAUCCACACAGGCGAGAGACCGCAUAAUUGCUUGGAUUGUAAGAAAAGUUUCACAAACAGGUCAUCCCUUAUUAGACAUCAGGCAGUCCACACAGGAGAGAGACCCCAUAAGUGCUUGGACUGUGGGAAAAGUUUCACACAGAGAUCACAUCUCAUUAAACAUGGGAGAAUCCACACAGGAUCUAAUCUUCUGUGACACACGGCCAGAAAGGGUUAAGAAACUUGCAGGAUAAUUGACCCAAAUUCAACUUUUAGAGACGUUUGAAAAGUGUGUAAAUGGUAAUUAGAGCCAUGCCACAUUAGAUAGAUUAGAGCUUUGAAAUGUAAACUUUUAUUGUUAAAGACCUGGAAGAACAUAGUAACUGUAGUAGAGUAUAGUAGUAGAGCUAGGCAACUCUCCAACACCACAUUCUACAAGCCAUUACCCUCUGAUCCCACUGAGGGUUACCAAAAGAAACUACACCAUCUGCUCAAGAAACUCCCUGAAAAAGCACAAGAGCAAAUCCACACAGACACAUCCCUAGAAACCUGAGAAGGGGUAUUCUAUCUGCUACCCAAGAUCCAUAAACCUAGACAUAAACCUAAAUACUUGACACCAUGCAAGGCACUGCAUUUAGCCGUAUGGAGUGGAAAU